AACGUCGUCGUGUCUGUUUUUGUCACAGAUCUGUUAUACAACAGUUAUGUCUCCGUCGACGGCGGCGAUCAUCGUCGGUCCCAUCUUAGCGGUGGACGCCACCGUAUCUCACGCAAUUCACACGGCGGCGAAACCAUUCCUUCCACCAUUUCUCCUCCUCCUCCUAGAAAUCUCCGCCGAUUUUCGAUUCUCCUUCCCUGUAUCUCUUUCCCUCCUCCUCUCCCCUCCCUUACGCCCCUUCCUCAUCCCUUUCCUCCUCGGCCUCCUCCUCGAUCUAAUCUUAAUCGCAUUAGUGAAAUUAAUCUUCCGUCGUGCUCGUCCCGCUUACAAUCACCCUUCAAUGUCCGCCGCCGUAACUGCUGAUCACUACUCGUUUCCUUCAGGUCACGCGUCUCGCGUCUUCUUCGUUGCCGCUUCCGUUCACUUCUUCUCUGCUGCUGCUGAAGUUACAAUGGUAGAUCCGAGCUACUCUUUCUUAGAUGGUUGGAUCAGAGAUAAUCACGAUGGCGAUGUCAAACCAGAAGUUGUGGUGGUUGUAUGGAUCUGGGCAACAGUGACUGCAAUUUCAAGGAUUCUCUUAGGAAGACAUUAUGUUCUCGAUGUAGCUGCUGGUGCUUGCUUUGGGAUUGUAGAAGCUCUCUUUGCUCUUCGAUUUCUGAGAUUUGAACUCUUUGGAAGGUAACAAAAGUAUCCAAAAUGUUCUUGUUGUUGUUUUCAACAAAUUGCUGUAAUUUGAAAUUGUUUCGAUUACAUUGAGAAGAAGAAUUGUAUUGUUCAUGAAUCAAAGAUUGUUCCUUUUGUUUGACUACAAUGCUUUUGUAUGAAAUCUUGUGUUAUAUAAUCCUUAAUGUGAUUAAUGAGAGAUCUUAUACACUUGCAUCGUAAUCGAGCUAGGCCUGAAACAUUGAAAGGCUAAACCUUUUCCACAUGAUGUUAUUGUGUUUGAAACAAUGAACUUGAGGAUGAAUGUAAUCUUCUUAGCUUACUUUUGUAGUUUGUGGAGAUUUUACCAUGUUCGAUAUAUGUAACUUCUCUCCGUUGUUUCGAGCUUCGGAAAGAUAAAUUGAGGAAUAAUAAACACUAGCAUGUGGAAUGUUGGGAAUGAGACCAUGCCUGAUUGAUUAGAUGUUUUUCGUUACUGUGAACAUGCUAUGCUUGCCAAUAUCUGUGGUUCCUCUGCGUUUGGGAAUAUUUCUUACCUGUAACUAGGUUUCUUUAUCUUUGCUCUCAUUCUUAGUGUAGCCAACAUAUUCUGUACUAUGUUACAGAGUCUUUCGUUAUCGUCAGAUAAGAAAACCGUUGUUAAAUUUGCCAGAAUCAAAUGAUUGAUUCAUCCGAUGCUUUCGCUUUGUUGGAUAUACUUUUGCAAGCUCGGUCACAGGUUUUCACUCGAAUCUCUACCUCUUUGUGUUGCAUUUGGUUUGCUAAUCUCAUAUUUUGUCUAAGGUUUGUGAAAGUUAUGCAUCUUCUAGGCCUAGGUUUGUAAUUAUAGGUAUUUGUUUCAACAUGUAAUCUAAGUACAUCAAAGGUUCAGUAAUAACUUCGAAUGUUUAAG